AUUUUUGGGUUUCGUGAAUUACGUGCGGCGGUUUAUACCCAACAUGGCGAGGUUAACUGGACCUCUCACCGACCUACUGCAAAAGGGGAAUUGUUACGAGUGGGGGGAGAAGCAGCAAGCUGCGUUCGGGGCAUUAAAAAAUCUUUUAAUGUCGCCACCGGUACUUCGCAUCGCUGACCCUGAACGACCCUUCGAAGUCAUCAUCGACGCAAGUGACAUCGCAAUUGGAGCAGUGCUCAUGCAGGGUUUCGGCUACGGGCUUCAACCAAUUGCGUACGAGUCUCGAAAAAUGCAAUCUGCUGGGCGCAACUACUCGGUACAUGACAAGGAGAUGCUGGCGAUCGUCCACGCGUUCAAAAUCUGGAGGUGCUACCUGACUGGAGCAGACGUAACGGUGCGAACCGAUUACAAAUCACUACAGUACCUGAGGGCGCAGCCGAAUCUCAACCCGCGGCCGAUACGCUGGCUGGACUAUCUGGAGUCCAAUUUCACGUACAAGAUCACGUACAAAAAAGGCGCCAACAAUAUUGCCGACGCCCUUUCCAGACCAUCUGCCCAACUCGCAGCAGUACUAGUCGCCCAGAGCAAUCCGCUACUGAGUGGACUAUUUACUCACGGGUGUUCGACUGACCCCUUCUUCGUAAAUGACGGCCAUCUCCCAAUCACUACACGAAAAGGCGUCUAUUAUUUACGAAGCGGGACUGAUCCAAUUUGGGUCCCAAGUUAUCGUCUACUUCGCGAAUUACUAAUUCAAGAAGUCCACGAUUCGAAUUUAUCGAGACAUUUCGGGGUUGAUAAAACUUUGAAGGCGUUCCAGCGGUUUUAUUACUGGCCAGAUAUGGUGACGGACGUGCAGCGUUACGUGGCCGCGUGUCCGAUCUGCCAGCGAAUGAAGUCAUCACACCAGCGACCAACAGGACUGUUGCAACACGUAACAAUGGAUUUCUUUACAGGACUACCGGCCGGACCCAGCGGAAAUGACGCAGGUUAGACUAGCUCUGGUGUAUCAAACAUGUG